UGCAGAGAGAGAUUUGGGUUUUUGGAUUUGGGUUUCCAGAGUGAGAUUUGCGUUUUCAGAGUGAGAUUUGGGUUUGGAGAGAGAGAGAGAGAGGGAGAGAAUGGAGAAGAAGAAGCGAUUCGCAGUACUUCUCUGCGCAGAAGACUCCGACUACGUGAAGAAGAAAUACGGAGGGUAUUUUGGAGUCUUCGUAUCAAUGCUGGGAGAAGAAGGAGAGUCGUGGGACGUUUAUCGCGUCUCCCUUGGUGAGUUUCCGGAGGACGGAGAGAUCGACGGCUACGAUGGAUUCGUUGUCACUGGAAGCUGCCACGAUGCCCACAGCAACGACAGUUGGAUCUGCAAGCUGGUGAAUCUGCUGAAGAGAUUGGAUUCUAUGCAGAAGAAAGUGCUGGGCAUUUGUUUUGGACACCAGAUUUUGAGCCGUGCAUUAGGUGGAAAGACGGGCCGAGCAGCCAACGGAUGGGAUAUCGGUCUGAGGACCGUUGAUCUCCUGCCCUCUAAAUCACUAUCAUCUCUGCAAAUCCCUUCUCUACUGACCGUAAUCGAGUGCCAUCGAGACGAGGUAUGGGAGUUGCCUCCAUCGGCGGAGGUGGUGGCCCGCUCCAAGAAGACAGGUGUUGAGAUGUUCAAGUGUGGGGACCACAUCAUGGGCAUCCAAGGCCAUCCUGAGUACACGAAAGACAUUCUCAUUCACCUCAUAGAUCGACUCCUCCAACGCAAUCUGAUACAGGAUUGUCAUGCUGCGGAGGCUAAGGCGACUAUGGAGGCAUGCGAGCCUGAUCAGGAGCCAUGGAAAAAACUAUGCAAGGACUUUCUCAAGGCAUGAUUAUUGUUAUAAAUAAUAAAAUUCAUGGGAUGAUUCUCUUCCAAAAUAAUACAAAUGUACAUGUGUCACUCCAAGCAAAUGUUGGGCCUUUUGGGUUAGCAUAUAUCACUGAUUUUUUGCAUAUGGCAUCCCACUGGUGGGACCCAUCAUCAUUAAAUGUGGUAAUUUUAGGUAAUCCAGACCAUCCAAAUAGCAGUGUCCGUUGCGGAUCAUUCCGGCGGCUUUAAAUGGAAACCAGUUAGAUGGUUAUGAUCGUUUGACUCCA